CAACACUUUCCCAACCAAACUGCAAGAACCUUGCUGAAAGCAGUACCCGGUUGACUUUAGUAGCGUCACGCGCGCUUUUCAAACGCGAAGAGAACCCGAUUGCGGUACCGCUUACGGUCUCAGCAGUGCGCUAAUGUGUUUCACAAUAAAAUAGUUCAACAACUUUGAGGAAAUACAUUUUUUUUGAUUUGAAAUAGAUAUUCCUUGAGCAUGUAAAAAUAAUCUCAAUGAAACAAGUUUUAAAGUUGCUGCAAAUUAGAUUACCGAUUAAAUGAUUAGAAAAAGACGCAUUAUUCUCCUUGUGAAAUGCUAUCCUGUAUGUGGAUCAGAUCAAACAUAUGGAUCGUAGGUUUUUUUUCUUUAGCCAGUGCAGUACCAUGGAUGGGCCCUUCUCAAGAUGAGCACGAUGAAUUAUUAAGAUACAAAGCAGUGGUCCAAUCUAUGAACCAUUGGACUCACAAGCACGAUCUUAAAAGGACAAAAAGGGAAGAACCGAGCAUUUGCUAUGACGAACUCGGUUGUUUCGAAGCUUCAGGACCUUUCGGUUACUUGGACAUGCUACCGAGCAAACCUGAGGAAAUCAAUACAAAAUUUCUCAUGUAUCCUGCAAGAAAUAAGAAAAGACAAAGUGGUUCCGCGCCCACUGAGGUGCCUUUUGAAAAAAUCGAUGACGCCUUCGAAUGGGCCAAGGGCGGUUUUAACAUGAGUUUACCCACAAAGAUUUUGAUUCACGGUUUUGGUAGCGACUGCGGAUAUAUUUGGGCUUAUGAAAUUCGUAGUGCUUUGAUGGCUGUGGAAGAAGUAAACACAAUCUGCGUCGAUUGGUCCAACGGAGCCUCGCUACCCAACUACGUAAAAGCUUCAGCCAAUACCCGUUUAGUAGGCAAACAGCUCUCCUUGCUACUCAGAGGCCUCGUCGAAAAAAACGGCUUAUCUCUCACCAAUACUCAUCUGAUAGGAUUCAGUCUUGGAGCUCAUAUUGCUGGAUUCGCAGGUGCCGAUUUGGGUAAUCUUAGCAGAAUAACUGGCCUGGAUCCGGCAGGGCCUCUGUUCGAAUCUCAAGACACCAGAGCCAGAUUGGACGAAACUGAUGCUGCUUUUGUUGAUGUUAUUCAUAGUAAUGGAGAGAAUUUGAUUCUUGGUGGUUUGGGAUCUUCGCAGCCUAUGGGACAUGUGGACUUUUAUCCUAAUGGGGGUAGGAUGCAAAAGGGAUGCAGUCAUUUAUUUGUCGGAGCUGUAACUGAUAUUAUUUGGUCUUCAGCUGUAGAAGGCCGUUCUCUUUGCAAUCACCGCAGAGCGUAUAAGUUUUUCAUAGACUCUGUUUCACCUAGAUGUCACUUUCCUGCAUUUCCUUGUGACUCGUAUGAUCAAUUUAUUGCAGGAAAAUGUUUUCCUUGCACAGAAGAAAGAAAAUGUGGUAAUAUGGGCUAUUAUGCGGACAAAUCCAAAGGCAGGGGCCAACUUUAUUUGAGCACCAGAGAUGAGGAACCAUUUUGCGCUCAUCAAUAUUUGGUUCAAAUUGAAUCAACUUCAAGUUCCAGCACCCCAGUUAAAAGUUACGGCAAAAUACAAGUAACCCUUAUUGGUGAUUCGUUUUUGAAUGAAACAUUUACACUAAGCAAAAAAGAUGACGAAGAAAUGAAACUUGGAGAAUCAAUAUCAAAAAUCGUAGUUCUUCAUCCAGUUUUAUCUCAACCUCUUAAAAUUGAAAUACUAUACACUGCCUAUAGUGGUUGGUUGAGUUCAGGCUUGACCAAAUGGAAAAUGGAUAAGGUGUUGUUAAUGGACAGCUUUGGAAAAAUAUCAUCUUUUUGCAAAAAAGCUCUUGUACUUGAAUCAGGAGUGCCAAUACUGUUGCCUUUACAUCCAAGAGAUUGUGGCACUACUACUACAAAAGAAAAUGACACGAGUAUGCAACAAACUGAAAAUAUACAUGCAGCUUUUAUACCUUACAACAGAAACGAAAAUUCUUUAUUAGACAUAGAAGCAGAAUCGAGUAGGGCUUUUAAUAGUAGAGUGGUAAAAGCCGAUCCGAUAAACAAAAAAAACGCAGACAGUGAUGGUUUGAUAAGAGAAAUCGUGGAACCGAUUUUGAAAACGCACUCAAUCAAAAAUGCCCGAGCCCAUGUACAAGGGAAAAAUAAAUCCACGGAAAUUACUGAACCAAUACUCGGACCAACUACACUACGGAGUAACAAUAAUAGUAGUAACGAGAAAAAUAAAUUAAAAUUGGCUAUUGAAUGGCAAAAAGAAGAGAACGGCAACGAGGAGAAAUGGAAGAGGCAAGACGAAUCGAAAGCUUUAAAAGAGUUCGAUUCAGAUACCAAUAAAUCACCACAAUUGCCUCCAAAUCCCAACCCAAUAGACUCCAUAGUAUCAACAGUCCAAUUCCUACCGCGUCGUUUAGCCAGAAUGUUCGAACAAGCGGAAAAAUACGCCAGAGAAACAAUCUUACCUCUGGUAAGCACCUACACGCCACGUUUCAUUUCCGAUUUUAUCGGUACAAGAGAAGAGCCCAAAUACGUACCUCUUCAUUACGACGAAGACGAAAUCCAGGAAACUGCUUCUUCGCUCAAAGUUGUAGGAUCGGAACCGAGAAGUGUAAAUGAAGACAGCCACAUUCAAAAAAUUAGUAAAAAGAAACCACAUUACGAGAAGAUUGUUUCAACGACAACAGAAAAUGCAGAACCCAUUAUUGCUGCAACAGAUGUCUCAAUUCCAAAUUCAGACAAAGUAUUCAACAUAAAAGUCGAUUACGGUGGUCGACAACUGAAUCCGCCAUCAUCCGAAGAAAAUUUAGUCGAAAAUCCGCCAUUAUUAGAAACUUUAGCAACUAGAAUACAAAGUUUACCAGACAAUUUUGUUAGGUUAUUAAGUCAAGUGCAAAACUACACGAGAACGAACAUUUUACCGUUUGUACAAAGUUAUAAUCCUAGACAAUUCACUGAUUUGUUUUGGAUUAGGCCUAAAACAAAUAGUACUUUAAGCAUACAGAGUUUCAAUACAAGUGAUAGUAGGAAUUUAAGCAUGGAAUGGUCGAUAACACAAGAUUUUACAACUGAAUUAAUUAGUGAAAAUAUAAGUUCUACAUCUCAAAUGCCACACACUACAAGUACAAGUACUGUGGUUACUGAAACGACUACAAGCUUAAAUAGUACUUUAAGCGUACAGAGUUUAGAUACAAGUGAUAGUAAAAGUAGGAAUUUAAGCAUGGAAUGGUCGAUAACACAAGACUUUACAACUGAAUUAAUUAGUGAAAAUAUAAGUUCUACAUCUCAAAUGCCACGCACUACAAGUACAAGUACUAUAGCUUCUAAGACCACUACAAGUUUGCCAAAUAUUAAAAAAUAUCAUAAUCAUAUACAAAAAAUCCCUAAAAGAGGCCAAAAAACCAACUACAAGUUACCAAAACCUUUCACGAUUAUCAUCGAUCCGAAUGAUUUAACAACAACUACAACUGCACCUUCUAGCACAACUUCUUUGAAACCUGGCAAAUUCGAGUCAUACAUUCAAAAAAUCCCCAAGAAGAAAACUUUUAAUAAAACUCCGGUCUAUAAGCUGUACCCGUGGAUAAAGGACUUCAAAGUUGGCAGUAAAGUUUUAACGGCUAAAAAUCAUCUCGGUCACGAUAUGAGUUUUCGUAUUUCGAGCGAUGGAAGAUUUGUGGUAUGAAAUAAGACAAAUAAGUUAUUUGAUUAUUGUGUGCUAUAAAAAAAAACUAUUUAAUAUAAGGAUUUUAAUUGA